GUGUCGAUCAAUAGUAGGGGCUUAACAUGGGCAGCUAAGUAGUGUCUGGCUAAUAUAAAUUAAAGGAUACAGCUGUUGCGUGUCGCUGUUAAACUCGGAUGUUUUUGAAGUACCAAGAGCUACUCGGCUACCAUAUUAUUCAACCGAGGAUUGACGUCUUUUGCAAAUUUUACGCUGUUUGGUUUGUCUUUUUGUGUGGCUAAGUAACAUUAGCUUGUUAGCUAGCUACCGUUAAACGUCAUUCAGACUGUUACUACGCUGCUAGCGUCGCUUUGCAUUGGCAUUGUUAGCUUAUUUGGCAGCUACAGCAGCCAGAAUUAACCAAGUUGUCGCCCAGAGACGACACACUUUAGUUCUGCUGGGUGUGUGUGAGUUUAUUUAUGCUCCAAACAGGGUGACUCAACAGGAACUGGAUGUGUGGUGAUAGAAAUAGCAGCAGCUACAGCUAGCAGACUGUUAGCUUGUCAACAUCAACAACAAUGGGGUUUAAAAGGUGUUUAAAGACGGCAAGGACGUUUUAUUUAGUGACCAUUCUGCUGAUAGUCUUCGUCAAAGGAACGACAGCUGACGAGGAGCAACACGGGAAUGAAGGACCAGAGCUAAAGUCUUACCAUGACCCAGACUCUGAAGAGGAAGACGUCCGUCUGGUGUCAGAAAUUGUGGCUGGUGCUUCUGUGACCUCUGGUCAUGAAGCCCCUCAGCCAGAGGAGGAGAAGAAGCUACCUGGUGAAGGACUGGAGGGAGAGGAGAAGGAGGACCUGCCAGAGCAGCCUUCUCCAGUUGAGGAGAAACCAAAAGAGGUUCCUGUGGUGAAUGGAGGUACGGCCCAUGGAGAGCCCUGCAUCUUCCCAUUCCUCUUCCAGGGGAAGGAGUACUUCGACUGUACCACUGAUGGACGGGGUGAUGGACGGCUGUGGUGCGCCACAAUCUACGACUAUGACCAGGAGAAGAAGUGGGGUUUCUGUGAGACGGAGGAGCAGGCACAGCAGAGGCUGCAGGCCGAGGAGGCUGAGGAGCAGUAUCAGACUGUGCUGCGCAUGCUCAAUGCCACCACCAGGAGGACCCAGAAGAAAGAAUUAUAUGAAAAGCUGCAGAAGGUAGCAGAGAAGGGCCACCAGAAGGCCAUGGAGAAGGUGGCGUACGCCAUGCUGUUUGGAGACUACAUGAACCAGAACGUCACCAAGGCCAGAGAAAUGUUUGAGAAGCUCGCCAUAGAGGGCUCGCCUAAAGCACAGACGGCUCUUGGCUUCCUGUACGCAGCAGGACUUGGAGUUAACUCGAGUCAGGCUAAGGCCUUGGUUUACUACACCUUCGGCGCACUGGGUGGAAACUUGGUCGCUCAUAUGAUUCUGGGGUACAGAUACUGGGGAGGUGUUGGUGUUCCUCAGAGCUGUGAGUCAGCACUGACACACUACAGGCUUGUGGCAAAUCAGGUGGCCAGUGAUGUGUCCCUGACAGGGGGCUCAGCGGUGCAGAGGAUCAGGCUGCUGGAUGAGGUGGAAAAUCCAGGAUCUACCAGCGGGAUGUUGGAGGAGGACUUGAUCCAGUACUAUCAGUUUUUGGCGGAGAAAGGAGACGUACAGGCUCAGGUGGGGUUAGGUCAGCUCCACCUGCAUGGAGGACGUGGAGUAGAACAGAAUCAUCAGAGGGCGUAUGACUACUUCACCCAGGCUGCAAAUGCGGGGAACACACACGCUAUGGCUUUCCUCGGCAAGAUGUACUCAGAAGGCAGCGAGUAUCUUCCUCAGAACAACGAGACAGCCCUGCAGUACUUUAAGAAAGCCUCUGACUUGGGUAACCCAGUGGGACAGAGCGGCCUUGGCAUGGCCUAUCUAUAUGGAAGAGGUGUCCCUGUGAACUAUGAGCUGGCACUGAAAUACUUCCAGAAGGCAGCAGAGCAGGGCUGGGUGGACGGACAACUCCAGCUGGGCACCAUGUAUUACAAUGGCAUUGGUGUGAAGCGUGAUUACAAGCAGGCGCUUAAAUUCUUCAACCUGGCCUCACAGGCGGGUCACAUCCUGGCCUUCUACAACUUGGCCCAGAUGCACGCUACUGGUACCGGUGUGAUGCGCUCCUGCCACACUGCUGUGGAGCUUUUCAAGAACGUGUGUGAACGUGGCCGCUGGUCAGAGCGUCUCAUGACGGCGUACGGCAGCUUUAAGGAGGGCGAGACAGAUGCUGCGCUGGUCCAGUAUCUGCUGCUGGCUGAGCAGGGCUACGAGGUGGCUCAGAGCAACGUGGCCUUCAUUCUGGAUCAGAAAGGAGCAAAAAUCUUCAGUGAGAAUGAGACCUACCCUCGUGCUUUACUCCACUGGACGAGAGCUGCAGCACAAGGUUACACUGUGGCAAGGAUAAAACUAGGGGACUACCACUUCUACGGCUACGGGACAGAUGUGGACUAUGAGACGGCGGUCAUCCACUACAGACUGGCUUCAGAGCAGCAGCACAGUGCCCAGGCCAUGUUUAACCUGGGUUACAUGCAUGAGAAGGGUCUGGGCAUCAAACAGGACAUCCAUUUAGCCAAGCGUUUCUACGACAUGGCCGCUGAAGCCAGCCCUGAUGCCCAGGUCCCGGUUUUCUUGGCCCUGUGCAAGCUGGGCCUGAUUUACACUCUGCAGUACCUGCAGGAUCUUAAUUUAAAAGAGCUGAUUUCUCAGGUGGACCUGGACCAGCUCCUGGGCCCGGAGUGGGACCUCUACCUCAUGACCGUCAUCGCCCUGCUGUUAGGCACAGUCAUCGCCUAUAGGCAGCGCCAACACCAGAUCAUAGUUCCCCCUCGCCCACCUGUCCCAGCCCCGGCCCCAGCCCCAGCCCCGGCCCCGGCCCCUGCGCCCCCUCCUAGACCACCUCAGGAACAGUCCCCCGCCCCGGCCGAGCCCCAGGGUCAGGGAGAGACACAAGCCCAGGAUCCAGCCCAGGAGGAAGAGGAGCAGCAGUGAGAGGAAGCCAGACGCAGUGAGGGCAGUAAAAGACAGACGAGGCUCUGCCAGCCCGCCCCCGGGGAGCGGCCGGUGCUUACCAGCUGAAUACCUGCUAGUUUGAGCACCUCUCCGGCUCCACAUGCUAAAAGAAGACUAAGAUGGCUGCUGAACUGUGCAGUCUCACACCUCCCUUUCUCCAUUUAAAACAUGCUGGUCCUGUGCUGAAGAGAGACAGUGGGGGCGUUUAUGGACAGUGGUACAGAGCAGAGCGUUAAGACGAUAACACGGACUUGGGACUUGCUAGUCUGUGACUCAGGAUACUGCCAGAAGCACCCGUGUCCUCACAGUGGAAACAGCCUUGUGUUUGCCAGAUCAAAUGCAUUUUUGGACUUGACUAAUCAACAUAGUCAACAUAGUUGGAGUCUAAUAUGUGCGUUAGUUUCUUCUCACUCUCCCUUUUUGAGAAAAUCACAGUCAGUGGAACUGCUUCCAUCCUGAUUUAGCACAGUAUUUAGAGGAAAAAAAGCAGACAGGAAAAAAAAAUGACUUCAAAUAAUUUUAUUAGCUGCCCCUGAUCGGAAGAGAGUCAUGUGUUUGCACGUUUUCUUUGAUCAUUUUCAGACUUACAUUUUAGGCACUUUUUUCAGAUUCUUGAGCGAACAAAUUUUCCAUACAUUUUUGCAUUAAUUAGUUAUUUGUUCAGGGGAAAUGUCAGGUCAAUAUCUUUUCUCAUAACUGCAGUACACUGAGAAAGAUUCAUUAAACAUUGGUAACAGUGCUUAAAUCUA